UGAUGGAUUAUGGGUAGUGGAGUAGACGGGUAGGAAAGAAACAGUAGAAGAAGAGCUAGAGAGAGUAGGAGAAGUUGAGACGAAUGUAUGUUCUGACAGUGUCCUGAAAUAAAGAGGUGACCCGGUUUUUGCAACUCGUCUCCACUGCAAGUUAUUGUAAGCAGCCCGGACUGCUUGUUACCAGCACUACAACGAGCCAAACAGUAGUGUCGUUUUCUACGGCAGACGCCACGGAGCUGAAAAGUGUUUUUCUGUUCCCAGCUUUGAGAUGGCAGUGGACUGGAUCGGGUUCGGCUAUGCUGCAGCCAUCGCCCUUGGAGGAUUUAUGGGCUACAAGAGAAAAGGUAGUGUGAUGUCCCUGAUGGCUGGUUUAGUUUUCGGUGGGUUUUCUGCUUAUGGUGCGUACAACAUCUCUAAUGACUCAAAGGACAUCAAGAUUUCAUUAUUGGCAGCAGGAGUCUUAUCUCUCGUAAUGGGAAUGAGAUACAAGAAAUCUGGCAAAGUAAUGCCUGCUGGCAUCAUGGCGGGGCUGAGUCUGCUGAUGGUGUUCCGGCUGUUACUCCUCCUCAUUGCGUGAUCCUACAAACAACACCGACAGGAUGGAGAGCUUUCUGUCCCUCCAUGAACAAGCCUUGUUUUAAAGGAAACAUCAUUCCCAGUUUGGAUACCAAACAAAUUCUGCUUAUGUGCUGAAACUUAAUGACCAUGUGACAAAAGUCAUUGCAAAUGCCACUAAUGUGUAUAACAAAGCAGUAUGAAAACGCACAAGUUUAAUUUUCAUAAUGUAUUAUCACGAGUUUGCAGCAAAGCACAUGUAUGUGAUGCUUUUGUUUGUCUUUGCAGAAUGUUUGUGUACACUAAUACCAGGGUUUCAAAGCUAUAAUAUUUUGUUCUCGACUAUUUACAAGAGACAGUGUAUCUUUUACAUUUGACUUUACUAAAGGAUGUAAUCUGAGCUUUUUUUUAAAUGGAAGCAAAUUAAACAAACAUGAAUCUAAA